AUUUUUUUUUAGUCUGUGGAAUUUUUUGACAUUUGUUUAUUGCGCAGCCGCGCCGCGCCGCCGGCCAUUUUGAAGGAAAAGUUUAGCGUCUUUCGCGUUGAGUCAGGUUGUGUGGUAAUAAAGUGUAAUAAUUGGAUAGAACCUCAAAAUGAUUCCGCAAACAAAAGUGUUCAUCGGCAGCCUGCCGCAAGGCUCGAAGCCGGAGGAGCUCCGCAAACUGUUCGAGCGGUACGGAGCCGUCACCGAGUGCGACAUCAUGAACAGAUGCGGCUUCGUGCACAUGCAGACCGAGGAUCAGGCGGCGGCGGCCAUCCGCGCUCUGCACAACACCACGUUCAACGGCGGCGUCAUCACGGUGGAGCGCGGCCGCAUCAAGGAGCGCGGGGGCCGCGGCGGCGGCGGCGGGCGCGGCGGCAUGCGCGGGGGCAUGCGCAACGGCGGCGAGCGGCGCGGGCCCGGGCCCAUGCGCGGCGGCCCGCCCGGCGCGCGCGAGGCGCCCUACAUGCGGGACUCGCGCCCCAUGGGGCAGAUGCGGGACAUGCGCGGCCCGCCCAUGGGCGGCGGCAUGGGGAUGCGCAACGGCAUGGGCGGCGGGGCGCCCUACGACCGCGGCAUGGACCGGCAGAUGGGCGGCUACGCCGACGAGCGCUACGGCGGCUACGGAGGCGAGGACCGGCGCGGCUUCGCGCUGAUGGAGCGCGGCGGGCGCGCGGACCCGUACGGCGCGCCGGCGCCCAUGUACGCGGACGAGCGACGCGGCUACGCGGCGGCGCCGCUGGACGACCUGCCGCCGAUGUACGACGACCGCCGCGCCGCGCCGCUGUACCCCGACGAGCGCGACCUCAUGGAGCGCCGCGCGCCGCUGCGCCCCGCGCCCAUGCCCAUGUCCUCCGGCUACGACCGCGCGCCCCGCGCCGCGCCCAUGGGCAACGGAGACAUGUUCAGCCGGAGAUCACCCAUGCGAGGAGCAGCAGCAGGCGGCUAUGAUCGCGACCCCUACGCCCAGCAGUACCCGCCCAUGCCUCGCGGGGCGGGCGGCGCGGCGCGCGGGGGGCGGGACAUGGGCCCUCGCCGCUACUAGCGACUCCUCGGCGGCUCCUAGCGUUAACGUAGUUGUAACAUGACAUGAACAAAACAGAACUCAGAUAGUCUUCCGGACGGCGACACGGCCCGCCACACACGGCGACACGGCUCGACACACGUUGCGUUCGCCAGAGCGGAGGCUCUCUCUGUAGGGCUCUAAGCGUAAACAAUAAACACGACCUGAUGAUUGUAGAUCAUGUAAGUCCGUGCGAGUGAAUAUUAGUUUGUAAAUCACAUGAUAAUUUUAAUUAAAUGAGAAUUAUUUCUAUUACUUUGAAAUUUCUUUUCAUCCACAUUCAACUUUUGGACUGUUUUAAAAGAUUAUAAUUUAAAUGCAAAUUGUGAUAUCCCUUCCUUAAGGAUAAUGUUAAGGUACAAAAUAUCAUGAGUAAGCUGUAUUUAUUUUAAUUCUUUUGAAUUAAAUUCCUUUCCAUA